AUGUCACGUGAGGGCAGCUUUGUUGACGAUGCAAGUUCGCUGACGUCUGCUAACCAGUUGUAUUCGCCUCAGUUAUCUUCUAGGGGACGUUAUAGGCAUGCUGGCAGACCUAUGCUUCGUCGGCCAAGACUGAUGCCAGGAUUUCGUGGACCUCCCGAUGGCUCUCCCGAUGGACCUUCUUAUUGGUCUCCCGGAGGACCUCCUCGUUGGCCUCCCGGGGGACCUCCCCGUUGGCCUCCUCCUCCAGGUGGGCCGCCUGGUGGAUUUCGUGGCCCGCCUGGUGGAUUUCGCGGGUCGCCUGGUGGAUUCUUUGGACCACCUCCUGGUGAAUUUCACGGUCCCGGUGGACCUUUGGAUGGACACCCCGGUGGACCUCCACCUCCUCCUAGAAUCCCUGGCCCGCCAGAACACUGGGGUGAUCGAGGACCCUGGGGACAUAAUCCAUGGGGAUCCUACUACUACAACCCUCCAAUGCCUCCACACAUGCCUCCCCCAUCUGCUCCACCACCUCCUCCAUACGAUUAUGGUCGUUUCUACGACUACGAUAGACCCCAGACCAUUUCAGAACAGCCAGCAGGACUGGAACAACCCGCCCAGUCUUAUCAUUCAUCACAGUCUUCCGUUACGUCUUCUUCAGCCACAAUUCCUCUUUUCAUUACUGAAGAAGGCUUACAAAAAGUUGACAUGCCUUGCUUUAAUACCGUCUGUCAUCUUAUCGACUUGUACUAUCGCUACGUGAACCCUUCCUAUAUGGUUUUACCCAAUAGAAAACUUCUAGUGGAUUAUCUCAGCAUCUCUCCUCUGUGCAUAUGUCUUCUAAGUACAAUGUUUAAGAUCUCUUCUCGUUAUUGCUCUCCUGAUGCUGUGGAGGACCCCAAAUAUCUCGAUCAGGGCUUCUGGGCUGGCCAAAUUGAACGAUACGGUGUGUCUCUAGCUGGUUUUGAGAGGUUGGCCGCAUAUAUUCUUGCCUCUCAAAGAGGUAAAGACGACCACCUCGAAGAAUGCGCUAAAUUAGUCAAGUUUUACCGCUUUGUGGACUGCACGUCUUGCAAAGAACUUGCAGAUAUCGAGCAGUUCCUCAACAUUUCCACGCCUGCUCAAAUAAUUUUCAGAGAGGGCUUUAUAAGGAUGCUUUGGAACGUUUAUAAAUUCCAAGUUUUCCGUAGGGUUUCCUUUUCCUCUCCAUAUUUAAAGGGAAAAGGAACAUUCGAGUUUCCAAGCAAUCUGGAACUUCCAAUGCCUGAUACAGACUACUAUACCAGAUCGUCUAGAACUGGUGGAUUCAAAAAGGAUUACAGGAGCCUUGCCAAAAUCUCGCGAAUAAACUUCAAGGACCCAGUCAACGAGCCUAUCUAUGAUUCCAGUGCCAUCGUGGUUGCUUGCCAUCUUCUUGAACUGGUAAUAGACCUAGUUGAUGAUUAUAAAAACAUGCCUGAGGAUGAAUUUGACCAGACUUACAACGAUUUCACCUCACAGCUACAUAAACUUCGGUAUCUGUCGAUGAACGCUCCCUUUAAAGUGUCUCCAGGAAAUAAGAUGGCGCUCAAUUCAAACAAUAUGUUGAACGCCUUGGUUUGUGAUUUGAGUUUAAUAAUUUUAGGCACUAUGAAGCUUCCUUCUAAUGUAAAGCUUCCUGUCAAUUCAGGCUCGCAUGGCUUGCUGGCUUGCAAGGACAUCUUUGGAGUACCUUCUGCUAGUCAUCACGUACUUCAGAGUCUCAGCUCAGACGAUAUAGACGGCGAGAAGCAGUGGGAGUCUUAUUUUAUGGCGUUGAAUGCUGCUUUUGACAUUCAUACGCUUAUCCGUCUCGGCGAAGGUAUUGCUCCUCCAUCGCUUGAUCAAACUACCCGGUUUUCUACGUCUAUAGAGCCUCGAGCAGCCGACGUAAGUGCAUUUUCCAGCGUCUCUCAGGACUCAGAAACGUGGCUUCAAUAUCCUUCAUUUACGUUGGUUAUAGUGAUUCAUUGCAUAUCUAUAUUGAGUACUCUCUGCGUCUUCGGUUCUAGGAAUGGUAUCGAGGCAGAAGAAACGCCUAGUGGAAUUGAGUUGAAGGUGAGCAAUUCCUCGAAAUGCAGAUAUGCCAAGACAAUUGCACCCGUCGGCUUGAACCCUGAGCAUAGAUUAGCAUCGCUAGGAGAGCAGUUGAAGAAAGCUGCCGACGAAAAAGUGAGCAGCAGCGUUUUAGGCUACAGAAUGAUCGAAGACAUCAAUAGAUACCUCGAAGCCAGCGGCAAAUACUACGAAGACGUUUCCAACGCCAAGAGCCAAGUGGACGAACUACUUGAGCAAUUGCACAAAGAAGUCUUUUGA